CUUUGCGUGAGUUUUGAGUGAAGAUGGCGGCUGCACAGUUAACGGAUGAGGAGCUCGUCGCGGAGUUGAAGCGCCUUGGCUUCACUCCAGGUCCGGUUACUGAGAGCACGCGGCCCGUUUACUUGAAAAAGCUCAAGAAACUUCGGGAAGAGCAGCAGCAGAGAAGGACCAGGUCGAACAAGGCGCGCUACAGUUCCGGCAGCAUCAACAACAACAGCGGCAGCAGCACGACCAGUACUACUACUACUACUACUACUACUAGUCGCAGCAACACGGCGGCGCGAGCUUCGGCGUUCGGAACCAGGCCAGUAGGCGAUGACGUCACACACCUGGAGCGGCACGGGCGCGAGAGCGGUGGCGGCGGGACCUACUGCGCUUCCCCGCCGAGCCAAAGAGCAGCUUCUGUCGGAACAGGCAAGUUCGUUCUGGGCUUCAGCUCGGACGAGUCCGAUGUGGAAGUGAACCUCAAAAAAGACUCGAACCACAGCCGCGGCGGGAGAGACCGGCGAGAGUGUGGCCGUCAGCCUCAGCAGCCCCUUCUUCUCCGGCUGCGUUCCGGGCCUGAAGAAACGCCUCAGGUCGGUCGCAGGAGCUCAGGAGCGGAGCUCAGUGGCGGAGCUGGAAAUUUCUCUUCGCCUCAGCUGUUGGACGCCAGACACGCUGCUGCUGCUGCUGCUGGCUCUGGUCUUGCGUGGUGGGAUGAACGGGUCAGACGUGCCUCGGGGAGCCCCGGCAGGAGUAGCUUCGGAGAGAACGAGGAACUUGAGGCGGCGGCGGCGCACAGGACCCGCUGGGGGCUCAGCUGCAGCCACGGUGUCUCGGGCUCCUUGGGCAGCGCCGUCAUCCCUCCUCCGGUGGACUACUCGGACUCGGACGAGGAGGGGGUCCCGUCUCCGAAGGACGCGCACCGAGAGCGCCGCCCGCCGCUCAGACGUAGUCUCCCGAAGACAGCGCCCCUGUCCCACGAAAACGCCGCUAGGGUAGGCAUCCUUCGGGCUGGGACGUCGGGAGUCGAUGACCCCGUGACCCGCAGGACCGGAGGAGACGUGGCUGCGGGUGCAACGGAGUGCGAGGACGGGGUGCCGGGUUGCAGGAGGGCGAUGUCUCCGAGCGAUGGCUUGCGGAACCGCAGCUCUCCUGUGAGACCGGGCAUCUCCUCCCACGCUGUGGAUGUGGAAGGCACCAGUAGCGGGUCCUCUGUCCACAGCAACAACCACAUCCACGGCGAGGGCCCCGGAGCCAGAUCGCGGUACUCUGCCUUUGGCAGCCUGUCCUCCAGGUACCUGUCUGGAAAUUCGGGCAACGCGGAGCGAGGCCGUGUCUCCGGCGCGACGGCUCUCAAGCAGAAACUUGCAGCUCCCGAAGACGAGCUGCUUCAGCAGUUCAAGCGCGAGGAGGAGGCGUCGGCCACUGGUGGCUUCAGCGCCCACUACCUGUCCAUGGUCCUGCUCACCACCGCCUGCCUCUUCUUCAUCCUCCUCGGCCUCAUGUACCUCAGGAUGCGGGGUUCCGGAGUCUCAGAGUCACACGCUACCAUUAAGAGCCACCCAUUUGGGAUUGACUUUGACACGUCCCAUACAGACAAAGAAAGAGACACUAUACUCGGAGUGUUGCACCACCUCCACAACCACUUGGCAAAGAUCGCCGGUGAACAUGACUGUGGGGAUUACAGUCAACAUUCAAACAGAAGUCUCUCUCUCAGUGAGGUCUCAGAGUUUUUAAUGCUUCGUGGUACAGACUACAUGGACUUUGUGAGCAUUGCCUUGGACUGGAUUAUCAGAGCAGGGGAGGAUGUAGGAAUAAGGUUGAUAGGCAAUGACAGUGAGAUACCCGUGACAGAUGUGUCCCAGGUCACACGCCUUGAGUCCACGCACCCCAGGAUGUCCUUCAUCUGCCGCUUUCGCCGGGCCCUCUUCACAGUCAUCCAUCGGGUCCUGCUCCUCCUGGCAGGUGUUGGGGUAGUGUGGGGGGUCUUGUAUUACAUGAAGUACCGCUGGAAGAAGGAGGAGGUGGAGACAAGGCAGAUGUAUGACAUGGUGGAGAGAAUCAUCGAUGUGCUGCGAAGCCACAGUGAAGCAUGUCAGGAGAGUCCAGACCUGCAGCCUUACCUGCCCAUCCCGCAUGUGCGUGACUCUCUGAUUCAGCCCCAGGACAGGAAGAGGAUGAAGAAGGUGUGGGACCGUGCUGUAGCCUUUCUCUCCGCCAAUGAGUCUCGCAUCCGGACAGAGACGCAGAGGAUUGGAGGUGCAGACUUCUUAGUCUGGAGGUGGAUCCAACCAGCCCUCACCUGCAAUAAAAUAUCAAGCACACCUUCAAAAGUGUGGCAGGGCAAAGCAUUUCCGCUGGAUCGGAGGAACUCUCCACCAAACAGCUUGACGCCAUGUCUGAAGAUUCGCAAUAUGUUUGACCCUGUAAUGGAGGUUGGGGAAAAUUGGGAUUUGGCCAUUCAUGAAGCCAUUCUGGAGAAGUGCAGUGACAAUGAUGGAAUUGUCCACAUUGCUGUUGACAAAAGCUCACGUGAGGGCUGCGUGUAUGUAAAGUGUCUGACGGCUGAACAUGCUGGGAAGGCAUUUAAGGCGCUUCAUGGAUCUUGGUUUGAUGGCAAACUGGUGACUGUGAAGUACCUCCGCCUGGACCGAUACCACCAGCGUUUCCCCCAGGCUCUGGGCUGCAGUACACCCCUCAAGCCCUCAAGCAAGCACAUGAGCACACUGUCUCACCUGCGGCUCCAGCCCAAAAGCGACAGCCAUCUGAGCUUCUCCUGAGGACACACCCACGUGGUUGCAUGACGGUGCCCUCACUACUGACUCCAGAAGCCUUUCCUUCAGUGGUGUGGGUGUUUAAUACAAGGUGCUUGGAAAAAAGGUGAACUUUUUGUCCUGCAUUGCCUACGGAUGAGACCUCAACGUGUUGGAUGUGCCUUCAUUGCUUGCAGUGGGCUUCUGUGUCAGAGCCUUUGUUUACAGAUCAACGAGGGGGAGGCAGGUUUUGCUUGCACUUCAACCUUUGGACAGAUGACUUUGAUGGAAAUAGCAUUUUAUUUUUUGGAAAACUUUCUCUGUCCAGCUGGCCCCCUAGGCUAAAAAGUUAUUCUGACAUUGUUGUGUUCCUGCAUGUGCUGUUGAACGUAAUACCCUAUUUAUACUUUGAAUUCAAUCAUAUAAUAUGGAUAUUUAUUUUGAAGUGUUUGGGGGUGUUCUAAAACCCUUUUUGGAGUUAUAUAGUCCAACAAAGACGGCACGUAAGGCUCUUCUGGUUGAGGUUGCUGUAAAUAAACUUUGGUGACCAUGCUUUGCUGAAUUUUCUGUAUAAAAAGCAAACACAAGGUCUUUUUUAUACAGUGAAAUGCCAAUGGAAAUACUAAGGCUUGUAAAUGAUGUGCUUUGUUCCCCGUCCGUUGAAGGUAGUGUUUGUCAUCAAAAUGCUGUACCUUGACAUUUGGCUUUGCUCUGCAAUGGUGUGAAUGGUUGCAUUUAGAGGGAAAUUUGGCUUGUGCUCUGCACUGGUAGAGUAAGGGCUUACAUCAUUGGAGAGAAACACUAGUCUUUAAGGUUGAAACCUCUGAAGAUGCUGACAUUUACUGUGUACUGCUACUCAGAUAUAAGCCAUUAGAGUUGUUUACUUUUGCAGUGAUACAUGAAAGAGUGGGAAGCUCACUGGGUUUUGGGGGAAAUUAUUUUGCAACUGAAGUCCCAGUUAUUUUACUCUGUUUAAUCUCUGGGUUAAAUCCAGCUGACUGGACUGCAGUUCUUCUAAUCAUGCAGUCUGGUAAGUAGGAGUUCGGACUUUGCUGGACAGCAUACAACUGUUGUAACCCCUGCGUCAGAUGACCUCAUCGUGCCUUGGUGUGUUUUUUUUUUUUUUUUUUUUUUUUUCCUUUUUUCUUUUAAUGAAUAUGACACUAUAUUUGUUCAGUGUCUGGCUUGAUAACAUUCUGGACUGAUGAACACCUUAUUAACUGCACAAAAGGUAAUGUUAUGAGAUAUAUUUUUUUGUGCUGUACUUUGCGUUAUGGUGAUGUUUGUAUAUUUUGUAUAUUCUUGGCGACAUUUUUAUAACCUGUUGACAGAGCGAAUGCAAAGGUGCUUAGAUCCAUGUGUUUCCUCUGUUACAUGUAUAAGCUGUACAUCUAAUUGUAACAUGUACCAUUGUCUAUUUUUCCAUUAUAUAAAUGCAAACUAAGUAGACCAGUGUAUCUACCUGCGAGCAAGAAGGGAUGCUAAACAAUAUGAGCAAAAGUAUUUUUUUUGAAGUUCAGAUAUUUUAAUGUAAUUUGUUACUUGUAAAAUGACUCUAAUUAAAGGUUUAUUAGGGAUUUUUACUAACUGUUGAUUCUGAUGGGCUGCACAGUCAAUUGCAGUGAUGUUGCUCACCAAUAUUAGGUGUGUAUUUAGCAUUUUGCACCAGAAAUAUAGAGUAGUGAUAUAGUUGGGGUAGCAUGGGGAGUUCUCUACUGAGCACUUUCAAUACUUUAUUCUUACAACUGGGAACAAUGUGGGGGGCAAAGGCUGCCCCUCCAGAAGACCAAAGGAGCAGAGAGGAACACGCAGGCGCUUGAGUUAAGAGGUUAGGGUUAGUGACACCAGUGGCAUCAGUAUGAGGGUGCGAGCCGCACUGCUGGGUGACACCAAAAUGACUGUCUGUAAAAUGUUU